CUGGGGAGCGACCCGGGCGCCGUGGCAACAGGAGCGGAUCCACAGCGUCAGCAGCAGGUGGAGCGUGACUCUGGAGCGCUCUCCUCACAGCCGGAGGCGGGGCGCCCUCUCUGGGGGGCCGCCAACACGGCGCUGCUGCGAUGGCUGCCGGCCCGGUACCAGGACGGGGAGGGGGAGCCCCGAGGCCGGGGCCCCGGGGGGGUCCAGGACGGCCUCCUACUGCCCCCGCCCCGCCGGGUCAGCAGGGAGGUGGUCCGGAGCUCCCUCAAACCCCGGGACCACCAGUACUCCCAGCUGCUGGUGGAGUGGGGCCAGUACAUCGACCACGACCUGACCCUCACCCCCCAGAGCGUUGCCGGGGACGACUGCCUCCACACCUGUGAGAACCAGGCCCCCCGCUGCCCCAUCCAGACUGAGGACUUGCGCUGCAUGCCGUUCCACCGCUCCUCUCCGGACUGCUCCCUGGGUUCUGGGUCCAGCCUCCGGCAGGCUGUGGGGAGGCAGCAGCUGAACGCCGCCGCCUCCUACAUGGAUGCCUCGCUCGUGUACGGCCACACCCCCCAGCUGCAGAGCUCCCUCCGGGACCUGGCCGGCCUGGAGGGGAAGCUGGCCGUCAACCGCCGGUUCCAGGACCCGGACGGGAGGCCGUACCUGCCCUUCGUGGCCAGGCUGCCGUCGCGGUGCCGGGCGGAUCCGCGGGGGGGGGAGCGGGUGGACUGCUUCAGCGCCGGGGACAGUCGGGUCAACGAGGGCCUGCCCCUGAUCGCCCUGCACACCCUCUGGCUCCGGGAGCACAACCGGAUCGCGGAGGCCCUGAAGCACAUCAACGACCACUGGAGCCCCGAGACCAUAUACCAGGAAACACGCAAGAUCGUGGGCGCCUUGCACCAGAUCAUAACCAUGAGAGACUAUGUCCCGAAGAUAGUGGGCCGGGCCUCCUUUGAGCUGCACCUGGGGGCCUACGGGGGCUACGACCCGGCCGUGGACGCCUCGGCCUCCAACGUGUUCGCCACGGCGGCGUUCCGCUUCGGCCACGCCUCCAUCUCCAGCGCGCUCAGCCGGCUGAACCACAGCUUCCAGGAGCACCCGCUCUUCCCCAGCCUGAGCCUCCACCACACCUUCUUCAGCCCCUGGAGGAUCGUCAAGGAAGGUGGGAUUGAGCCUACUCUGAGGGGUGUGAUUGGAACCCCCGCGGCGGCUGCUAAUGCUAACAUGCUGCUGGUGGAGGAGGUGACCGAGAGGCUGGCAGUCCUGGACGCUGAUCAGCACAUGGACCUGGCCUCCCUGAACCUGCAGAGAGGACGAGACCACGGCCUCCCAGGGUACAACGACUGGAGGGAGUUCUGCGGGCUGAGGCGGGUCCAGACUCUGGACGAUCUGACAGAGGUGGUGAGGGACCGCCGGGUCGCCGAGAAGAUCCUGAAUCUGUACCAACACCCCGACAACAUCGACGUCUGGCUGGGAGGGCUGGUGGAGCACUUCCUGCCGGGAUCAAGAACCGGGCCGCUCUUCGCCUGUUUGAUCGGGAAGCAGAUGAAGGCCCUCCGGGACGGAGACAGGUUCUGGUGGGAAGCUGAGGGUGUGUUCACUGGGCAGCAGAGGGAGGAGCUCCUGAAAGGAUCCGUGUCCCGUCUCAUCUGUGACAACAGCCACAUUACAGAGGUCCCCCUGGAUCCCUUCAGGUUCAGGGAGUACCCUGCAGGUUUUGUGGGCUGUUGCCGCAUCCCAUCCAUAAACCUGGAGGCUUGGAGGGAAAAGAAGAGCCCCGACUUGCAACGCUGUGGCUCUCCGAGACGAAUAAAGCAGGGGGAUUACAUCCUGUCCUCAGGAUCUGGGAAACUGACGGCUCGGUACUCCUGUUACCAUGGUUUCAAAUUAGAGGGUGCUGAGGAGAUAGUCUGCAGAGGAGGCCGGUGGAGCCCCGAGCCCCCCCGCUGUACAGAAGCCUCUGACGACUAGAAAUGCAGAAAGGAGUCACGUCUUAUCGUCAAAACCAGGGAAAACACCACCAUCAACUCAGUUUUUUUCUUAAAUCUUAUUCAGAAUUUGUCUCAUUCUCUUAUUGCUAUUUUUUUAACAGAAGAUGUGAAUUAAACUUAUAUUUUAGGGCUUUUUUUAUUCAAAUUCUAUUUUCAGGUGUGAU